GUGUGCGAUCCAGCGGAGGGAUACAAGAGCGCAAAGCGGCUGCGCGCACUGCGCGAAGUCCCUGCACACAGUCACUCAAUAAGCGCACUAGUGUUUACGUAGAACCGAGUUUUGAAUCGUUAUAUUUACACUAAUUGCGAUCAUGCCCGGAAUGAUGGAUAAAGGGUCGGAGUAUCUGGGGAAAGGUCGUUCUAACGGCACAAAAAGCCCGUCGAGCGCCUCGAACGGACAUUUUUCAGACGAGAGCGGCAGUGACGACGAGCACGAUGUUGGCAUGCGUGUGGGCUCCGAUUACCAGGCUAAUAUCCCAGACUUUGAUCCGGGUUCCACAAAGUACACCGAUAAAGACAGUGGAGGAAUGUUGGUUUGGUCACCAUAUCACACAAUAGUUGACUCUAAGUUGGAUGAGUACAUAGCAAUUGCAAAAGAAAAACACGGCUACAAUGUUGAGCAGGCUCUAGGCAUGCUGUUCUGGCAUAAACACAACAUUGAGAAGUCACUGGCCGAUCUCCCAAACUUCACACCCUUCCCUGAUGAGUGGACGGUAGAGGACAAGGUGUUGUUUGAACAAGCCUUCAGUUUUCAUGGGAAGAGCUUCCAUAGGAUUCAGCAGAUGUUGCCAGACAAAUCCAUUUCCAGUCUUGUGAAAUACUACUAUUCCUGGAAAAAAACUCGAUCUCGGACAAGCCUCAUGGAUCGGCAAGCACGAAAGCUUGCAAACCGGAGUAAUCAAGAUGACAGUGAGGAAGAUAUGGAAGAAGCAACCCCUAUUGAGACAAACGACAGUGAUUAUGACCCAACUAAAGAGGCAAAGAAAGAGAGCCACAGCGAGCCUCAGACAUUGAGUUGCAAGAUUGGAGUUGGCCGGCGGGACCACCAGACCCUUCAGCACCGUCACCACUCACAGAGAUCAAAGUGCCGGCCACCGAAAGGAAUGUACCUGACGCAGGAGGACGUGGCGGCCAUCUCUUGCAGCUCCAGCGCAGCUAACAGCGUCCUGCGUCAGCUUGAUAUGGAGCUUGUGUCACUCAAACGCCAGGUUCAGAAUGCCAAGCAGUUGAACAGUGGACUUAAACAGAAGAUUGAAGAUGGAGUCAAUGAAUACCGAUUAUCUGAGUGCACCCAAAAAGUGAAUGCCCGCUGGACAACAGAUGAGCAGCUCUUAGCAGUACAAGGUGUGCGUAAAUAUGGCAAAGACUUCCAGGCUAUUGCUGAUGUGAUUGGGAACAAAACAGUGGGGCAGGUGAAGAAUUUCUUUGUGAACUAUCGUCGGCGGUUUAACUUGGAUGAAGUUCUUCAGGAGUGGGAGGCGGAACAGGGAAGUGCAAAUGGUGAGAGCGUCACAUGUGCUGAGGAUGGCAAGAACAGCAGCAGCUCGUCAGGAAAAAGUACAGAUGAGGAGGAGGAUGAGGGUCAGGUAACUCCGGCCUCUGGUCCAUCUCCUGUAGCCACAUCAUCAGCAGGCAGCAGCUCUGCCUCUUUGAAUCAGCCUCCACCCCUGCUGCGUCCAUCCCUUCCUGCCACCCCGGCGUUACACCGCCAGCCUCCACCUCUUCAGCAGCAAGCUCGCUUUCUUCAGCCCCGUCCGGCCCUAAACCAGCCCCCGCCGCUAAUUCGACCGUCCAACCCACUACCUCCACGACUGAACCCCAGACCCCCUGCACCAGUGUCCAGCUCUGCCAAUGCAGUAUCAGGGCAGCAGCCACCCUCUCUGGUGGGCAUCCAGUCUGAAACGCAUCGUCCUCUCUGCACUGAUGCCUGAGCAGUGCUCAUCGUAAACACAAGAAAAACUAUUUUACACUGUAUAUAGUAGGUUUAGCUGAACUGCUUCUAUUUAUUUAAACGACUUAUAACAGAUUUAAUUUUACAUUUUGUAAUCAUGUUGUAAUGAUGAAAAACAUGGUGAAGGAAAAUAUUGUGAAUUUUUUAGCACUUUUGCCAGUCAUUACUGGUGUCCAGUGGAUUUCAAGUUUAAUGCUAAUCCUCUGUUUUUGUUGUUCUAUGUUUAAUGUGUUUGUUUGCCAAUCCUGAUUACUUAAUGCUUUAUAUUUGAAUUCUUGGUGCUAUCAACCGAUGGUUCAUCUCCAGUUCUCUUGUCAUCAAAGUGCUCUUAACAAAUAUAAAUCACUUUAGAACAAGUAAUUUUCUCAUGGCCUACAUCUGAACAGAACCGAAAAAACCUGAGCUCAUGCAGUGCAUAUAAAAAAAGUGUGUUUGUCAGAAGUCAAGAUGAUAUUAGAGUCAACAUCAUAAAUAAAUAGGUGAACUUCUGUUAUUGUUGUUUAUCAUGAA